CGACCAUGAGCGGCCGCCCGGGGAACCUCAGCGCGCCCGCCGGGAGCGCCGGAGCCGUCGUCGUGGCCGAGUCCGUCGCCAUCAUAGUCAUCGCCGUCUCGGUCUGCCUGGGCAACCUGGUCAUCGCGGUCACCCUCUACCGCAAGUCCUACCUCCUGACGCUCAGCAACAAGUUCGUCUUCAGCCUGACCCUGUCCAACUUCCUGCUGUCCGUGUUGGUGCUGCCCUUUGUCGCCACCAGCUCCAUCCGACGCCAAUGGAUCUUCGGGGUCGUCUGGUGCAACUUCUCCGCCCUCCUCUACCUCCUCAUCAGCGCGGCCAGCAUGCUGACCCUGGGCAUCAUCGCCAUAGACCGGUACUACGCCGUGCUGUACCCCAUGGUGUACCCCAUGAAGAUCACCGGGAACCGGGCGGUGCUGGCCCUGGCCUACAUCUGGCUGCACGCCCUGAUCGGGUGCCUGCCGCCGCUCUUCGGCUGGUCGGCCCUGGAGUUUGACGAGUUCAAGUGGAUGUGCGUGGCCGCCUGGCACCGGGCGGCGGGCUACACGGCCUUCUGGCUGGUCUGGUGCGCCCUGCCGCCCUUCCUGGUCAUGCUGGUCUGCUACGGCUUCAUCUUCCGGGUGGCCCGGGUCAAGGCCCGCAAGGUGCACUGCGGCACGGUGGUCCUAGCCGAGGGGGCCGGCCGGCGGGACGGCCGCAAGACCUCCAGCGCCUCCACCUCGUCGGCGGGCAGCCGGAGGCCCGGCCCGCCCGGCGCCGUCUUCUCCUCGGCCAGCCAGUGCAAGGCCCUGGUCACCGUGCUGGUGGUGGUCGGGGCCUUCGCGCUCACCUGGGGGCCCUACGCGGUGCUCAUCGCCUCCGAGGCGCUCCGCGGCCCCAACAGCGCGGCCCCGGCCCUGGAGACCCUGGCCACCUGGCUGUCCUUCACCAGCGCCGUCUGCCACCCGCUCAUCUACGGGCUCUGGAAUAAGACCGUGCGCAAGGAGCUGCUGGGCAUGUGCUUCGGGGACCGCUAUUACCGGGAGCCCUUCGUGCGGUGCCAGAGGAAUUCCCGCCUCUUCAGCAUCUCCAACCGGAUCACAGACCUGGGCCUUUCGCCCCACCUGACGGCCCUAGUGGCGGGCGGGCAGCCCCUGGGCCAGAGCAGCAGCAGCACCGGGGACACUGGCUUCAGCUACUCUCAGGACUCAGGAACGGACGUGAUGCUGCUGGAAGAUUAUCAUUCCGACGAGGCCUCUCAUCCGCCCGCUGUUUAUCCUCCGCGGAGGAAGAGCUCCGUGACAUUUGAGGAUGAAGUGGAACAGAUUAAAGAAGCCGCCAGGAACUCGGUUGUGCACGUGCGUGCAGAAGUACACAAGUCCUUGGACAGCUACGCGGCCAGCCUGGCCAGAGCCAUCGAAGCCGACGCCAAGAUCAGCCUGUUCGGAGGCGAGGCCCUACUGGGGGUCCUGGGCCCCGGGCGGACGGCCACGGGGGGUGGGCUCGGGGGCCGGCGGGGCAGCAGGACCCUCGCGGGCCAGAGACUGCAGCUGCAGAGCAUCGACGAAGGCAGCGCCUAACCCCGGGGCCGAAGAGGAGGGGGCCCGGGCCGGCCGACGGGACGGGACCCUCGCUCGGAGAGAGGUGCCGAGGAGGAGACGGGUGGGCAUCGCUCUGGGUGGGCGCCAGGGUCCUGGGCAGCCACAGCGGGUGGCCGUUUCCGUGCCACUUUUUUUGGAUCUUCCUUGCCCAGGCGGAGCCGCGUAUCUUCCCGCUGCCCGUCAGCGUGACCUCUACUUCUAAGGGGAUGCCAGAGCCGGUGUGGGGAGAGAACAGGGGGCCUUGCGUGGUCCCUGGGGCCGGGAGACUGCCAUAGAAUCCAUUAACCCAUUUGCCCCAGUCUCCCUCUGGCAGGUCUAGAGGCUAAUGUCCUGUAGGAUGCAUCCGUAGAGAAGGAAUUCCUCACACUGCACCCUCCUUGUCACCCGCCUUCUGCAGCAGCAAGGGGGAGGGCCGUGGGCAAUCCGGAGCCAGGUGUCCUCAGGCGCGGGGCCGAAGGGGUCAUCUCUUCGGGUCUGGCGGACGAGCCACCCCUCAGGGGUCCCGGAGACAUUCCCGCCGGGUGAAGGGCCGGCUGCCAGGUCGGGAGAGUCCCGGUUUUCUCCGAGGGGCAUGGGGAGGGCCGGCAGUCGGGCCGGGCCGAAGACCUAGCCGGUCAGCUGGUCCACUGGUACAGAGGGGCCCCUAAGGAAGCUGGGGGAUGGUGGGAGGAGAAAGAAGGGUCUGUCCUUCCUUCCUGAGAACUUGAAUUUCCCACCAGAAAGGUCGGUCCUCCGCAUUAAAGGGGGCAUGUGCCCACACAGUCACGGGGCGGCACCACCGUCGUCAGGGGAAGAAAGGGAGGAUUCGCUCUGUGGACAACCCUGGGGGAGGAAACGAUGGGCAGGAAAUUUGUGGGGAGACUGGAGCAGCCUUCUGACCCCCAGUAACCCCCUGGGGGUGCCCCAUUGAACCAAAGUCAGGAAAGGAAGUUGACAGGGGGGAGGUUGCCUAGUCACGGAGCGUGGACCAGGCAGACAAAACCCCAAGUUCUGUGGGCUCCUCUGGAUCUCCUCCCCUAAAUCUCCUUCCUUGCUGAGCCUCAGAAUUCCUUGGUAGUCAGGGUGGGAAUCCCCCCACAGCCUCUCAGCUGGACCUUUUCGCAGCAUCCUUCUCUCUCCAGGAUCUCCAAGCUGCCCUGCAGAGAGUGAGUGAAACAACUCCAAUUCACCCUCCUUGCCCUUCCCCUGUGGGGCCCGUUUCUGGGCCUGUGGGCCUGUUCUUAUCUGCAAGGCAGCCCUAAACUCAGAAUCACCAUUGAGCCAAGUUAUCUAAUUCGGAGAGUUCGAGAACUGACGGCUUACCUGUCUGAUUGACCCAGCCAGUGUGGGAGACAGAGUGAGGAUGGGGAGGUGGUUGGCGACUUCUUGGUUGGGAUGGCAGUUCCGUCCUCUCAGCUGGUGCUGUUGGUGUCCCCGGGCUCCUGAGGAGAAUUGUGGCUUCAUCUCAAACCCUCUCCGCCCCAAAGCUCACCCAGAUUGGGGCUCUGCCCCUUGGCCCAUUGUAGCAGAAAGUCACCAAUGGUAGCCCUGGGGCUAGAGGAUUUGCUUACCAGGGAGAGGAGGAGAAGGUUUGGCCAUUGAAGACGGACGGGAGAGGGGGAAUUGGCAGUGCCAGAGAAACGUUCUUCCGAUUGGGCCGAAGCGCGGCGGAUCCUUCCCACCCUGGCGGCCACCAACUGGUCUGAAGGAGACGAUUCCAUCGCACGGAGGCUGGAGAGGAGGUUGGGCUCGGCAUAUAGGAGGGAGACCCGGCCUUCCCAACACGGACAGGCCUGGAGAAACCGAGUCACGACACCGCCUGGGUCUGCGAGGGCUUUAGCAAUCUCUAAGGAGGCAAGGGGGCCGAGGAGGGUGGGGAUGGAGGAGAUUCAGGCAAUCGGAUCCAGGAAGUAGUACGAGGGGCUUCAGGGCUCCUCUAAGUCAAGGCCGGUGGUGGUUGCUGGAGUGGCGGGUGGUUUCCUUCAGGACUAAGCCCAUCCGGGGCACGUAAAACACGGUCUCUGCUGGUGCUAUUUUCACUUUUUUCUAGCCCCACGCAUCCUUGCUGGAUGGUGCUGCAGGUCAUUUCCGUUACAUUUUAUCCCCCAGCAAGCGAAAAGCUUCGAGUCACCCCAGAAGCCAUGGGAUGGGGGAGUUUACUCCAAGUGGCCUCGGGCACCGGGUGACAGACUUCACAGUGGCCUAGUGGGUGCCAAGCGGAGCGGCUUGCGGGGGCAAAAUCGGCCUCCCGGGCCCGUGUUCGAUCUGGGCCUCGUCCACUGUCUUCUCCAAAGGAAGCGAGGACGAGAUUUGGGUUUAUGUCAGUAUUUAUAAGGCCAGAAGACUGUACCUACAGCAGUUUGAUUUACCCGAUUAAA